UUUGCGCGUAAACCGUGGUAGCAAGAACUGAUCUAAGUUGGGAGUCCGGAAAUGGCAACGUGACGCCGAGAUAUCACAUCAUCGUGACAGAUAACGCUCGCUGGUCUGGUCACCGACCUGCGGUUGCGACUCACGCGCUGCUGCUGUCAUCUACAGCUUUUACACAUCCGCAGGUCUGGAACUCAGGUUGACUAACUGGACACAGACGGUAGUUACAAUGCCUUCGUUCAAACCAAACAGCUGCUGGAUCCCGUCGUCAAUCGCCAAGCUUCCGCUCGGGUGCCAUGCAUGCAUUUCAACCUCGCGAGCCGUCAGUUUUUCUAUCACGGCCUCCCACAUGGCUGAUGCGGGACCUCGCGCCACGGCCACUGGACCCACCCACGGACUUACAGCGCAACGCUUGGCCUUCAUUGAUAUCCGUCGCAGCCGUCCAAACCCCCACGUCUUCCGAGGCCACCGGGCCCUGGAAGUGAGUAGUGAGCAUUUAUUAGUACACAGCAUCAGGGACCCAUUCCGCGUCUCGUUGAGGGACGGGGGCCGGGUAUCCCAUAUAAUCACACGGCGGAGGAAUGGAUCUCCCAUGAGGCAGGGAGGGUAUGUUAUGUUUUGAGAUGUGCAGCACUCCGACUUUCCGACUGUUCAUUUUAUA